GACGGUAAGAAAGCAUGACCAAAACCUGCAGAGUCACAUGAACAUGUGACCCGUACCAGGUUAUUUAAACUGCCGAACACCCCAAAAUCAAAAGCUUUACAAAAUGCUACAUUUAAGAUGGACUUCUGUCACUUUGUCGUUGCUGUUUUUAUGCCAUGCCGGAUGUUCCUGGAAUGUGUCCUUAAAAUGCAUGCAGGACACAACAGCGUUUCUUACGGAGUUAGAGAAGGAGACGCCUAGCAAAUAUGCAGUACAGAUGUAUGAUGCAUUUGGAAAGAUUGGAAGUGAUGUGGAGGGAGGCAAUGUGAAUCGACCGGGUUCUUUGAGAGAGUGUUUGUCUGUGAGGGGUCCGGACUUCGGGGGUCAGUACUGUCAGGUGUUCCUCAAACAGGACACGGUGGAAUAUUUUGUGGGUAUCUGUGUACCGGAUUCAUGUGAGGAUUCUGAGGUUCAGACACUUGUGGUUUAUGAGGCGUUUGAGCAGGGACGAAUCUCUUUACUUCCUCCUGUGCCUUCGGUCUUACUGCCUGAUUCUACAUUGGGAAUCUUUAUGACUCAGUGUAUUACAGAUUCCCCCAAUUCAGAUCCAUCUGCUGUGGUCUGUCUGUUUGUGUGUGCUUUUGUCUUGGCUCUUCCUCUUUUAUCUUCCAUUUGUGUGGCAUUACUUAAAAGGAAGAGACAGAGAGAGGUGAAGCCAGAGGCGGGACUUCCCCUUACCUCAAAACCCAGCCAAUACGGAGCUGUCUUGACUAACGGCUCAGCCAAUCAGAACAAAGAACGCAGUGAAACCACUCAAGCUAGAGAUCAGAAUGCAGAAAAUGAGCAACAGGGCAUCACUAAGACUGUGUUGUCGUGCCUGCAGGCUUUUUCUGUGCAGAAGAGCAGUGAGGGGGUGCUGGCAACAAAAGGUUCUGGAAACAGUUAUUCCUCUCUAAACGGCAUCCGUAUCCUCAGUCUGCUCUGGAUCAUCUCAGGCCACACCGUGCAGCUCAGUGCUUGGAGCAACUUGGGUGAGAACAUGAGGCUACAAACAGAAAAGGUUUUAUCCUUCUCAAUAAUUCACCUGUUUUGUUUCUGUGUAGAAAAUGAUAAGCGAUGGAAGGAGAUGGUGGAGAAAAACCCCUUUUAUGUGUUGGCCUUCAGUGGGCCGGUGUAUCUAGCUGUUGAUUCUUUUCUGCUGUUGGGUGGUCUCCUCAGUGCUAAAUCCCUGCUGAACUCCAUUCAGAGAUCAGAAAACACUUUUAGCACAAGUAUGGUGGUCUAUUUCCUCUUCAAGAGAUACAAAAGGAUUCAGCCUCUCCAUCUCUUCAUCGUGUGCCUGACCAUUGGAUUAUUCUCUGUCGUCCAGAGAGGAGUCUACUGGUUCAUAGCUGAGGAUGAGAUCAUCAGCUGUAAGAAAUAUUGGUGGUCGAACCUGCUCCUGAUCAACAACCUCUUCACUAUAUCAGAUAUUUGUGCACCCUGGACGUGGUAUCUCUCCAUAGACUUCCAAUUCUACGCAACAACACCUCUUCUGAUAUUUCUCUAUAGACUGAAUAAAACUGCACUUAUCGUAGUGUCUGUAGUUCUCCUGAUGAUCUCGUGUACGGCCGGGGCUCUUAUAACCAGUUUCCUGCAUCUCCCUGUCCACCAGCCCACCACACUGGCAUAUGAAAGCUACUUUCAGUAUUAUUACAAUAAACCCUACACAAGAUAUGGGCCGUACUUAUUAGGCAUUCUUGCUGGAAUUUACUUGACAUCCAAGAAUGAGACACUUAUUAAAAAACAGUGGCAGGCAGUCAUCGGUUGGUUCUCCUCCCUGUCAAUCAUGGCUCUGUUAGUUGGAUUGGCCUACGUGUUGAGAGAAGUCCCGCCCCACCCAUCACUUCCUCAUGCUGUUUAUCAAGGGUCACACCGUACGGUGUGGGCUCUGGCUCUCAUCUGGGUCAUCCUGGCCUGUGAGGAAGGUUACGGAGGGUUUGUGGAUAAAAUCCUGUCUCUUCGACUGUGGGUUCCUCUGUCUAACAUCAGUUUUGCCUGUUAUCUGAUACACCCCAUCAUUAUUAUACUGUACAAUGGCAAACAGGAGACAGGGGUGCACUACACAGACCUCAACUUUUUUUACCUGUUUCUGGGUCACCUGCUCUUGACUCUCCCUUUAGGGUUUGUGUUAACUGUGCUAAUUGAAAAGCCGUAUCUCUUCCUGAUGAAAUCAAAAUGAUAAGACCUGUUUAAAACAUGCUGAAAUGUCUGAUAAAGGCCUGAAGGUAGAGUUACAUGUAUUUAUUUGUUAUUUUGUGCGGUAUGAAUCAUGUAGAUCACUGUUUAUGAAUUGUUUUAGACCUUUGCUUUUGUUAUUUAAAUACAUGCUGUAAGCUAUAAAGAUGUACAGAAUAAA